GCUGUGAUUGGUCGCCGCUGUGCGCCGGUUUCCGGUGCUGGCGGCUGCGGUCGUUCAGUUCUUGAUGCGCCGCCCGCUGCUCCUGUUGCUGUGUCCCUGCCUGCUUGGCCUCGUCCUGCAGCUGUGGCUCCGCUCCCCGCACCACCCGCUGGUCAUCGGCAUCCUGUCCGCCCGGCAGAACCGCGCCCUACGGGACACCAUCCGCAGUACGUGGCUCCAGAGCCUGCCUCCCGCCCAGCGCCCUCUGCUGCGCUUCAUUGUGGGCUCUGAGGCCUGCUCCGUACCGCCCGAGGACCGGGAAGACCCGUACUCCUGCCGCCUGCUCAAUAUCAGCUCCCCUAUCCUGCACCGGGAGAUCGAGGCGUUCACUGGGCCGGAGCCCGCCCGCUCCCCGCACCGUCAGCUCAGCGUCACCUUCCGGGUGUUACACCCGAUCAUCAUCACCCGCCUGGGGGCGUGGUGUCCCGGCCUCACCCGGAAUAUCAGUGUCCGUCUGUUCCAGGCUGAGCAUGAGGAUCCGCUGUUUGUGGCCCGCCUCACCCCACUCAGCCCGGGCUCGCCCAUCACGGGCGGACUGUGUUACAAGCCUGUGGAGCAGUUCAUCCUCCCGGAGGGCUUCCAUGGCACAGUGCGCUGGGACAGCCAUGACGCCUACGGGUUACCAGUGUGGGGGGUUCAUCGGGUCACCCUGAACGAUGGCGGGGGCGUGCUGCAGGUGACGGCGGCUGAAGAGGGGCUCCUCCCCUACGACUUCUCACAGGGCGUGGAGGGCAUCGCCGGCAGCUUCAUGUACACGGUCCACGAUGGCGAGCUCCUCCUCCAGCGGAUCAUUGCCCGCCCCCAGCGCCUCACCCAACACCUCGCUGCUCUGGAGAAGGAAGAGGCGGAGCUGCAGGAGGAGAGCCACGCCCAUGGUGACAUGGUCUUCGUAGACGUGGUGGACACUUACCGCAACGUACCCCGCAAGCUGCUGCUCUUCUACCGCUGGCUGGAGGCCACCGCCACCUUCCACUUCCUGCUCAAGACGGACGACGACUGCUUCAUCCACAUGAACAACGUCCUGCGGGUCCUUGAGGACAAGAGGCUGCAGGGGCCCAACGUCUGGUGGGGGAACUUCCGCCUCAACUGGGCCGUGGAGCGGACGGGGAAGUGGCAGGAGCUGGAGUACGUGAGCCCUGCCUAUCCCGCCUUCGCCUGCGGCUCCGGUUACGUCAUCUCUUACGACGUCGUCCAGUGGCUCGCUGCCAACGCCGAUCGGCUGAAAACCUACCAGGGUGAAGACGUCAGCAUGGGCAUCUGGAUGUCGGCCAUUGGCCCCCGCCGUUACCAGGACGACGGCUGGCUGUGCGAAAAGUCAUGUGACCGUGCCAUGCUGUCUGCCCCGCAGUUCUCUAUGCAGGAAUUGGCCGAGCUCUGGAAGCAGGAACGGCGCUGUGGUAAUCCCUGCGAAUGUGCCAAGUGACUACGCCCGCCGAUGGCAACCAAUGCCUCCACUAUCCAUCGGGGGACACAGCUCUUGUCCCCCCUUUGUCAGUAUAGGGGCGACCUUUAUUAUCAGCGGACUCCCCUACGUAGGGUGUUCUGCAGCUGGUUAUUACGGGUCACCGGUGGUCAUAUUUAUUGUGCCCGUCUGGGCGGAGUGUAGAAGAUGUGCCACCUGAUCCCAUAUGCAGACAUCGUUAUUUGGGUUUAAAAUGCUGGAUUUGACUUUAAAUUGCCCUCAAAGGUCUUUGAAAUCUGGGUGACGAGCAAUAUGGCCGCCACUCUGGUAGUAACACAGCUUUCCUACAGUCCUGAUGAGCGCUCCCCUAGGUUUGUCUCCACUCCUGUGCUGGAGGAGAUAUCCUGUUCGGAAGACUGUGGAGGCGGCCAUGUUGGUUGUCGCCCACCUUUCCUCGGAUGAGAGGGCGGCUCCAGGACUUGCAGUUACCGGUAUUGAGAAGACACCUUCUAUUUAUUAUGUUCCUUGCUGUAGGAAAUCUCUGGAGUGGGCGGAGUCUGCGAUUCCCCCACCCCCAGAAUGCUUUGCACCUUUAUAACUAGAUGUAUAUAUCAUAUUACAGGUCACAUCUAUAUUUAUUAAUGUGAGAUUAUUAAUAAAAGGGGGCACAUA